AGGCCUCCGCCCACCCAGCGGGCUCGGCGUGGCCAAGCGCCGAGGGACUGCGGAGUUCCGUGACCCGCUUGGCCUCCUCCAGGGACCGACGGGCUUCGGAAGGGGGACCCGCCUGUCCCACGCUCUGGGCCAAGGGCAACAGAACAGGGGCUCCUCACCCCCUUUGGCGCGCGUGUCACAAGUGCUUUUCAGAAUUUAGGUCUGGGGAAGGGUGCAGCCCAGCAGGGACCCAUAGCUCCUGGGAGGAUGGUGCGGAUCUUGGCUAAUGGGGAAAUCGUGCAGGACGACGACCCUCGCGUCAGGAACACUAUCCCUUCGCGCAGCAGCACCCCUCGACAGAGCUUUCUCAACAGGGGCCAUGGUGCCCCCCUGGGGGGUUCCGGCCCUCGCCAGCAGCAGGCGGGUGCUAGGCUGGGCGCUGCUCAGUCCCCGUUCAAUGACCUCAACCGGCAGCUGGUGAACAUGGGCUUCCCCCAGUGGCAUCUCGGCAACCAUGCUGUGGAGCCGGUGACCUCCAUCCUGCUUCUCUUCCUGCUCAUGAUGCUUGGCGUGCGUGGACUCCUGCUCGUGGGCCUCGUCUACCUGGUGUCCCACCUGAGUCAGCGGUGACCUCUGGCAGCUAGUGGGGCAGGCGUGGAGGAGAGGGAGUUUUGGGGCCUGGGGGUGAGAACAGGCACAGGGGCAGGGGUCUCAGGGUGCCUUGAAGGUGCGCUCAGAGAACACGCGUUCCCGUCGCGUGAGGCGUGAGGCAGAGGAAGCCUCCAGUCCUGCCUUCCCAAAGGAUUGGGUGGAUCCCCUCAGUCCCUUGAGACGGUUUUAGGUAGCAUUGGGCCCGCGUUAAGCACAGAGUCAGAGCAAGAAAGGGAUUCCCUUUCCAGUUCUCUUCCAAUCCUUUCAUGCCAAGAAGAAAGCCUGAACUUGGUGCCGGCGUGUUCUCAUGCCUCUGGAACUCACGCAUGACUCCCCCUGUUACUAGCGAGGAGGCCUCGGGCUUAAGGCAGAUGGGAAAAGUUUCCAGACUUUUAUAGCCCUGUUUGGUUUUAAUGGUAUAUUUUUAAUUGGCUGCUUUUGUUUAGGACAAGUCUCACUGGCAUCUACUUACUGUGGUGGCAUUUUCAAUAAAGAGAUUUAAAAUGGAA